AUGGAUGGAAACAACUACUUUGUUGUAUCUGAAUUUGUGUUCCUGGGACUCUCCAAUACAUGGGGAAUCCAGUUGCUUCUCUUCUUCUUUUCUUCUGUGUUCUAUACAGCAAGUCUGAUGGGGAACCUCCUCAUUGUGUUCUCUGUGACUGCUGACUCCAACCUGCACUCCCCAAUGUACUUCCUGCUGGCCAAUCUCUCAUUUCUUGACCUGGGAGGUUGCUCUGUUGCAGCACCCAAGAUGAUUUAUGAUCUUUUUAGAAAACACAAAUCCAUUUCAUUUGGGGGUUGUAUAACUCAGAUCUUCUUUAUUCAUGCUAUUGGGGGUACAGAAAUGGUACUGCUCAUAGCCAUGGCUUUUGAUAGAUACGUAGCCAUAUGUAAACCUCUUCACUACUUGACUAUCUUAAGACCAGGAAUAUGCAUUUUACUUUUGUCAGUAGCCUGGAUCCUGGGACUUAUCCACUCAGUGGCCCAACUGGCUUUCGUUGUAGACUUGCCCUUCUGUGGACCUAAUAUUCUGGACAGUUUUUACUGUGAUCUCCCUCAGCUCAUUAAACUUGCUUGCACAGAGACCAACAAAUUGGAGUUUAUGGUCACAGCCAGCAGUGGACUCAUCUCCUUGGGCUCCUUCUUCAUACUGAUAUCUUAUAUCUUCAUUUUGGUCACUGUUCAGAAGCACUCUGCAGGUGGCAUAUCCAAGGCCCUGUCUACUUUGUCAGCUCAUGUGACAGUAGUGGUUUUAUUCUUUGGGCCAUUGAUCUUCUUCUAUAUCUGGCCAUUCCCUUCAUCACACUUAGACAAAUUCCUUGCCAUCUUUGAUGCAGUCCUCACUCCUUUUCUGAAUCCAGUCAUCUAUACGUUCAGGAACAAGGAGAUGAAAGCAGCGAUGAGGAAACUCUGCUACCAGCUUCUGAGUUACAGGGAAGUAUCCUAA